AUGAAUAUAUAUAAUUGUGCCGAAAAUUACGGAAUUAAUGGAGAUAAUUGUGAAUAUUUCUUCACCCAAAGAACGCGGAAAUAUCCGAAUGGCUCCCGCCCUAGUCGUAGUGCGGCAGGUGGAUUUUGGAAGGCCAGUGGUGCUGAUAAAGAAGUCGAAGGGGGUAAUCCCAAACAUAUCUUUGGCUACAAGAGAUCUCUUGUCUUCUAUAAUGGGAAACCAGACAGUUCGAAAAAAACCAAUUGGCUCAUGCAAGAAUUUCGAACAGCAGAAGAUCGAAAUGCUCCAAAUAAAGAAAAUGAAAGAAUGAAGUUAGAUGAUGAAUGGGUACUAUGUAAAAUUUACAAGAUAACUCGUAAAAGACAACGAGAAAAAGAUGAAGAGAAAGACGGGGAAAGAGAAGAGGACAUAAGCAUUCCUUUACUAGAAAAUGGUAAAGGGAAAGACGGGCAAAGAGAAGAGGACAUAAGCAUUCCUUUACAAGAAGAGAAAGGGAAAGCAAAAGACGGGGAAGGAGAAUUAGAAGAAGGCAUAGGCAUAAACAAAGAUAUGAGCAGAUUCAUGGAUGGUGAGCAUGAUAAAGAGUUAGAGCAAUACAUUUUCGACGAAUGUCUUCCUUUGGAUGUCCGAAAGCCAUAUCAGAGUUCCUAUGACUUAACAUAUUUAAAUUGGAACCUUACCAUUCCUUCUGAUAUUAGCUCCAUCAACAAUCCACCAACUAAUCUUAAUGAUGUGUGGAACAGUUGUGGUUACCUCUUUGAUGAUCCCCUUAGUUACAACAGUACACAGCAGGCUAAUGGAAGUUCAAGUAACAUUAAUGAGUUACAUUUGUCAUCUGACAUUGUAACUAACAGUAAUGUGAACCAAAAUUCUGCUCCUAUGUGUACAUCACCCAAUGCUGAUACGCUUGGAAUAUCACCAGAGCCAUUAAUGUUACCAAUGUUGCCCAUGUCAAGUCAAUCUUGUGUUCAGAAGGAACAUAGAACCAGUGAUGAUCAACAUCAGGAAGUGAAGAAGAAGAAGAAGUCUCCUUGCUCUUCUAAUUAA